AUGAAAAAAAAUAUCACUAGCAAUGAAAUGAGACUGAAAAGUGCUGUUUAAUUCAAAUUUCAGGAAUUCGUUAACUCAAAACCAGCUCCUAGCGUAACUACUAGAUUGCAAACUGGCACGACAACAUCCAGGAAUAUUGAAGAUUUUGCCAAACCAUUAUUUUCAGAACCCAAAUUUCUAGGAGUUUUGAGAAGAGUUAGUUCGUAAGUCAGUCUUGAUAAACCUGUAGAGGAUGUAUAUUAAUCUUAGAACCAGUCUCUUAAGGCUGUUAGUUCGGAAAGAACGGCCUCAUAAAAAAUUAUAGUAACGUCUGAAAAUAUGCAAACCUAAGAAAUCAAAAGGCGGAUGAAAUUUGAUCCUUCGAUUAGAUAGCAAGUCAGCAUUUUGAAGAUUAAGAUUUUGAAAAAUGUUCCUUUAAAAAAAUUCCUUCUGUAUUUAGUAGGUAAAGAAAAGAUUUUAUUUGAACUCUUAAGAUUAAAACAAAUGCCAUAAGCUAUUGAUAUAAUGUAGAGUAUUAUAGAGAUGGCAAUUGGAACAAAAAGUGUUGUUAUUUUUAUUGAGAUUCUACUGUUCAUUGCAGAGACACUUGAAAAUUCAAAUCAAAUUGAUUUGGCAAUUCACUUUUACAAUCAAGUAAGAAUUGGAAGCACAUAUGGAAAACAAACCCUUGAUAUAUAUAAGAUGAGAUCUCUGGUUGGGUUAGCAAGUUGUUGCAUGGAAUUUCAAUGUUAUGAGAGUGGAGUUAAGUUUUUAAAGAAGUGUUUAUAAUAUGCCUGGAUAAAUAAUAAUUAAGAAUAUGAGAAUAUUGUUUACUAGAAGUUAGGAAUGCUCUAUUUCUAUUUAGGUAACAUCGAAAAAGCUACUUUCUAUCAUGAAAGAUCUAUAAACUAUGAUUAUGAAUUGGAAACAUCUCCAUUGAGAUAAUUAAGUUGCGAUACUCUUAAAAAUUAUCUGAAUAAGAAUUUUCCAAAAAACAGUGCAGAGAAUAUGAAUAAUCUCUUUCUAAGUAAACUCAGUCUCAAAUUCCAUGUUGACAUUGCUUAAUUAUCAGAAGAACUUAUAAAAGGAUCUGAAUUGACUCCUUCACCAAGGAUAUUUCUAUCUUCCCAAGAUUGUUCAAGAAGAAUGUCUAUAUCAACUGAGUCUAGAGAAUUAGCAAAUUUGAAAAUAAAUGGAUAAAAACUAAUUACUUAAAUUUUAACCUAAUAAGAAUUUGAUUUCGAAGUUUAUACGCCUAAGCAUUCAUUCAGAAAUGAAAGUUCCUGUUUUAAUUUCCUAAAAAACAAAAAAGUACAUCCUUAAGAUGUGUUUCAUGAUUUAAAAUACAACAAUAAUCCAUUUUUAUUGAAUGGCAUUGGUGUUGAACCAAAUAAAAAUUAACUCAAUUUUGCGGAAUAUUUAAGCAAAUAUAAGUUGUCACUUCAAAAAAAAGUAGAUCUUAGAUUAUAAUAAAAAUUUGAUAUCAACAUCGAUCAAAAAUUGUAAUAUGCUGUAAAUAGCAAUUAUAAGGCUUUUGAAAGGAAAAAUAAAAUAUUGUUAACUCACAAAAACUCAGAAAACACAAGAAAAAAUAAAUUGCUAGAUGAAACUAAAAAAUUUAAUAGCAUUACUACAUUAUACCAGUAAUUAAUUAACAAAUUGCUUAGUGUGUAAUGA